UCUCCAACUCGAGGAUACCUACCUACCAUAACUGACGAAAGAGCCAUCUAUUCUCUGUACCAUUGUUGCUUUCAUCGGCGUCUCUGGUGAGGAUAUGUUAGGAUGUUGAAGCGUGCAGCACUGCCUCUGCUGAGGCCACGACAUUUGCAGCCUCUUGUUCGGCAGGCUUUGCCGCAACUGCGAUCCUACAGCCGAGAUCAAGGUAUCAAAGGCUCAGAUUACAAGAUCCCUGGUUCCCAGAGGGAUUCAUCGUCGCAGUCAAAAGAACUACUUCGAAAGGUUCCCUUCACUCCCACGAACCCUACCGCGAAGAAUGAGCCGGCUCCCGAAACGCCGCCUUUCGGCGAAGACCCGACUCGAGACGUGGACGAUGUGUCUGAUUCGGUUUCGAAGGCAACUAGAAGGUCAAUGAGAGAUCAACAUCGACAAGCGGCAUCAAAAGAAGCAGCACCUUCAGAAACCCAGACGGAUUCUCAGCCUCAGCAACCUUUGCCAGACUUGACUAGGGGGAUACCAUCAACGCUGGAUGCAGAGCUUAGCCAAGCCAAACCCAAUAAAACAAAAGAGGAACCGCAUGCGCAUCGGUCGAGCCUCAACAUCACAGAAGAUCCGGAAGAGGAAGUUCCCAGUAGUGGUGGGGGGCGAUCUGAUGGCGAAGCUCCUCGUGAGCAGUACGUCUCGUCAAGCGACCGGAAGAGAAACGCGAUCCUGAGAUAUAUGUAUUCUGCUCUGGGCCUGAGUGUUCUUGGCUACUCUUUGUACCUGGGACGAAAUUGGGACACCGAAGAGGAAGAGAAGAAACACGCCGACGCACCCUCAGGUUGGGGAGUCGGCGCCUUCUAUGACAGAGUCAAGGCUCGUCUAGGGUCUACCAUGAGCUACUAUCGCGACCCGGUAUCGCCUAAACUGUUGCCCGAGGAGAACCCUGAUCCCAAUCUACGUUACCCAUUCACACUGGUAUUCAGCUUAGAAGAUAUGUUGAUCCAUUCCGAAUGGACAAGAGAACAUGGAUGGCGGACAGCCAAACGACCAGGACUGGAUUACUUCCUGCGUUAUCUCGGCAGCUACUACGAACUCGUGCUUUUCACCAGCCAGCCGAUGGCCACAGCUGAGCUGAUAAUCAGGAAAUUGGAUCCUUACUCAACCAUUCACUGGCCACUCUUCCGUGAGGCUACUCUCUACAAGGACGGUGGUUAUGUCAAGGAUCUGUCAUACCUCAAUCGUGACUUGAAGAAGGUGUUGAUCAUCGACACCGAUUCUCACCACGUCAAAAAUCAGCCCGAGAACGCCAUUAUCCUGCCAAAAUGGACCGGCGAUCCGAAAGAUCAGACUUUGAUUCAGCUGAUCCCAUUCCUCGAGUAUCUGGCAACGAUGGGUUUCGAUGAUGUUAGGGAAGUCCUCAAGUCAUUCGACGGGAAAAACAUCCCAGAAGAGUUCGCUCGGCGAGAGAAGCUCCUUCGAGAAAAAUUUGCACAACAGGAGGCGGAGAAGAGGAAGGGCAGGAAGGGCAAGAGCAUUGGCGGCCUGGCGUCAGCCUUGGGACUCUCCAAGUCUAACGGGGAUGAGGGAUCUUCGGGAGAGGGCAAGAUGCUCUGGGAUGAGAUCCGAGAACGUGGACAGAAACAAUAUAUGGAAUUCGAGAGGAAAAUCAAGGAAGAGGGCGAAAAGUGGUUGGCUGAGCGAGACGCGGAAGAAAAGAGAUUGCAGGAGGAAGCCAUGAAGAAUAUGAGGACGGGAUGGUUCUCGGGAUUCCUGGGCGGCGGCAAGGCUGGCGAAGAGCCGACAAAGUAAGGUGGUUUCGUUCUCUGAGCGGGAUGUACAAACAAGGACUGGAAUUCUGAGAACUCCUUCCAUGGCGCACAAGCGUCUGAUCCAAGGUCAGAGUGGUUUACAGCAGACCUAACAUCUCCCUUCAUGUAUUGGCUACAGAUUCUUUUUGGUGGUGUCGGAUUUGAGUGUCUGUGGAAGGCAUGGUUAUAGGAGGAUAUGUACAUUCGGGAAUGCUAUCCCAAAGCAGCAAAUGGUCCGGACAUGGGUGGCUUGACCUGGAGAUAUCUGAGUGUAGGAGCUGAGAUGAUGCCUAGGUAGGUAGGUGUUGAGAUAGAAGGGAAGAAGAGACAGUCAACUACCCGAGAGCAACUCUUAGAGAUAUGUGUGCGAGGGGCAGUUUUCUAAGGAACCAGCUCUACUCGAAAACUGUCAGAUGCAUCUUAAGAUUUACCUUUGAUGUGGUGCGGAGUAGACUUUAUGCCAG